CUCACUCCCCUGCCUCCUGACCCAGAGUCUUCUCUGCUGCAGCCCAGAGAUGCUGGCUGGAGAGAUGGGUGGAGCUGCUUCCUGCCCUUCAUCCUGCUCAGCAGGCUUUUGCCAAGCCUUCAGGAAGGCUCCUGGGGCCUGUGCUCUUUGCCCACCCCUCCAGCACUCAAGGCAUCCAAACCAGUUCAGAGGUGGGGCAAGGGAUUUGCCAGGUCUCACCCUUCAGGGGUCCAGGUGCCCCAGGAGCCGGGGAGGUGGAGAUGGAAUGGAGGGAAGGGCCAUGGCAGUGGGCAAGCCCCAGAGGGAAAGAGCUUAAAGGGAGGAGGAAGGUUGGGCUCAGGCCUUGAGCAAGCCCUGCUGCCCUUGCAGAGGCUCAGGAGUGCCCCUUCAGUCCUGCUGCACCGGUCACCCUCCAGCAUCUUCUGGGACUGGGUCCUCCUUGGCAGAGAAAGAGAUCAGCAUCUUGUUGGUCCCUUCUGUGAGGAAAGGCCCUGUGCCAUUGGUGGGACAAGAGUUACCCUCAGGGGAGGCAAGGCCAUUGUGCUGGUGGCACUGCUGUUUCUUCCCAGGAAAGAAAGUGGAGCUGAGUACCACAGGGGCCCUGGGAUCCCUCCAGCAGCUCUCUCAGCAGAUGGAAACUCUCCUGAAGGCUGUGCAGAAUGUGCAGACUGUGCAGGAGGCCACUCGCCACAACCUGCAGAUCCUCAGAGCAGAGCUGCAGAACAAUCAAGAGCUUUUCAGGAUCCAGCGCUACCAAGGGGAUGUCACCCUGGAUGCCGACACAGCUCACCCCAGACUGGCGAUCUCUGAGGCGGGGAAGAGUGUGAAAGACACUGGGGCCCUGAGGGAUGUUCCCAGGAAUGCUCUGAGGUUUGACAGCCACCUGUUUGUGCUGGCAAAGGAAGGCUACACCUCGGGCAGGCACUACUGGCAAGUGGAUGUUGGCAGGAGGAAAAGCUGGACCUUGGGUGUUGCGCGGGAGUCUGUGACUCGCAAAGGGACCUUGACUCUGUCCCCUGAGAAUGGCUUCUGGGCCAUAGGGCUUGUAGAUGGGCGAGACUGCUGGGCCUUCGUGGAGCCAUGGUCCCCUUUGAGUGUGGGUGGGAGGCCACAAAAGAUUGGGCUCUUCCUGGACGUCUCAGCCAAGCAGCUGUUGGUUUACGAUGUCGGUAAGAAAAGAGCUCUGCACACUUUUACCCUUGCUGGGGGCAGCAGCCAGGCAGAGAAGUUUUUUCCUUUCUUCUCCACAGGUCUUACUUCUGGAACGCCUGAGGAUGAGCCUCUAAGCAUAGUGCAGCACACUGCUGAUGAUGACUAGUUCUGUGCAUUGUGCUGAAGGAAGGCCACUCCCUAAUGGUUUUGCUUCCUCUUCUAUUUUCUUUCUGUUAGAAAAAGCUUCUCCAGUAGCAUAGGAAAUAGGUUUUGAGACACAACUAGAAGUAGUUUCAGUUAAGCUGGGUAAUGGUAAUGCCUUGGGCUUAGAUAGCAUUGCAGCUGCAGAGAGACACAGGGAAGCAGUCUCUGGCUUGGAAGCUGUGAAACUGGCCACAAACCAAUGAGAAGAAACAACUGGCAAGAGAGGAUCAGGACUGCAAGGUGUUUGGAAAGCAUCCAAGACCAGGAAGUGAAAGGACUUUCUCUCUUUAAAGAAGUUUGUAGCCUUGUAAUGCAUCUGUCUUGUUCAGCCUUCCAUGAGCAGUGUGGUUGCCUUGCUCAGGGCUCCCAGCCUUCUGCAGAGCUCCAGUGCAGGCUGUGUGUGAUGUAAUAAAGGAUACU